AUAAGUAUGAUUAUAUUUAUACAAGAUAUUUUAAACAUUCUUUGAAAUCAUUUUUCUGAUGUGUAAUAAUGUUAUUUGUUUGCACAAUUUCUAAAUCAUUUUUCAAACGAUCCAGUGAAUCUGGAGCAUGCUGCUUCAACUAUUACAAGAACAAAAAUGGUCAUUGCAUACAGUGUCCCUUUGGUACUUUUGGUUCGAACUGUAGUGGACUUUGUCCGUCUGGAUACUAUGGAAUGUUAUGUCAAGAGAUAUGUUCUUGUGAGGAAGACAUUUGUGACAGAGAAGUCGGUUGUCCACCACAGACAGAUUGGUCUAUUCCAUCUUCCCCUACUUCAAAAUCAGUCAAGAAAAUUUUGCCGACUGGUAUGAUGUCGUCCUCAUAUUGGAAAAACACACUCUUCACAGUAAUGGGGUCUAUUGGAACAAUUUUUGCUAUCAUGAUGAUGUACGCUGUUAAAAAAUGGUUCAUUAAAAUGAAAGCCCGAGGUGUUGGCAGCCGCAUAAGUAUAUCAGAAAAUACGCUUGGAAAUAACAUUACCUUGCGAUACACAAAUAAUGAAAGCAUUCAAAAUGUUAACCCCACCAACAGUUAUACGGGGUUAUUGGUAGCAAACAGGGCAAUACACGAAGAAAAAUUAAGAAAUAUAACACCUGGUAAUGGUACCAGACUAAAUAUUAACGAUGAACCUUACAAGGAAAACAAGGUUGAAAUCACUGAAAAUAAAACUGAAAAUCUAGAUAACGAGUACCAAGAUGCUUGGUCCGAUGAAAACUUCAUAAAGAUUAAAACAUUAGGCGAAACUUCAGGGGGCUCAAACUUGACAUCCUCACGAAUGAACAAUGGUGUGAAUAUAAAGAUUAGGCCCUACAGUUCCGUUAAAUACAAUAGAAAAAACAACGUGAGAGAGGCUGCAGGUGAGAUGAAUUCGGUCUGCAACAAUAUUGGUGAUACCUCUAGGGUAGGAGAUGAGAACCAAGGAAAAGAAGAGGAUACAAAAACCGAUUUUGUGGUAGAUUUCGGUGGUAUGCGUUCAGGAAAAGAAGAUGCUUCCCCGGAGUUUCUUGAAUACGAAGACCUGAACGUUCUAAUGGCGGUCCAGCCAGAACAUUAUACAGAUUUAACUUUCCCGAACGAAAAUUCUUAUUCAGAAAUCAAUAAAAACAGAGAGAUAAAAGAAAGAAAAUUUUGUUCAAAUGGACAUUUAUAUGAAGCCGAAAAUAUUGUUGAAUCGACAGAAAUGUAUACAGUUCCGAAUUUUUCUGGGAGAGAAAGCAUUCUGAAUGAAGAUUCCUCUGCGACAAAUUCAAAAGAAGACAACAUGUUCAAUGAAGGAGAGACGAUAACUGAGGAAAAUUGGAGCCUUUACGAAGACGUAGCAAUCUUUUGACUCUACAAUUAAGCUCGUCUUUUAACCUUGUACAGUUAAAAACCAAUGUUUGUAUAGUUAC